AUGCAAAUGCAGCAACUCGGCAGACACUCCGCUUCCUACGCUGCGGCUUUCCCCGCUCUAUCGGAGGUGUACAGCCUCAACUCUAUUCUUAACCCAGAAGAAGAGCCAAGUGCUAGAGCUGCAGCAAGCAACAACAGCGACAGCAGCAGCAGCAACAGCAGCAGCAUGCGGCCUGUGAAAGCCUCCGAACCCAGCAGCAACAGCAACAGCAACGGUAACAGCAGCAGCAACGGCAGCAGCAACAGCAACAGCAGCGGGCACCGUAGUAGCAGCGACAGCAGCACCGAGGGCAGCAGCAGCAGCAGCGGCGGAUCUGCAGAAGCAGACAAUUGUUUGUCUUCACCACACCCCCGUGGCUUUCCUAUCUCUGUUCAUUCCCCGGCAAACUCAAAAUCAGCUGCUGCAGCAGAAAGGCUUAUUCGAAGCAACUCGAAAGCUCUUCGCCAGCAGCAGCAACAGCAGCAGCAGCAGCUGCACCAACAGCAGCAGCAGCAGCAGCAGCAGCAGCAAUCUCCUCCUGUCUCGCCUCCUCAGAGACGCAGCAGGCCUUCGCAGUGCUCUCGCCAUGCCUUUGAUUGUUCUCAGUCUUCAUUUGUCUUUCAAAGACAGAUUCCAACACCUCCGCUUCCUCCUCCUCCUGCUGCAGACACCAACGCCAAGCAGCAGCAGCAGCAGCAGCAGCAGCAGCAUCUGUCUCAUGGCCAUGCUCAUGCUCAUUGUCAGCCUCAGCAGCAACAGCAACAUCCUCUGCCACAACAGCAGCAGCACCAGCACCAGCAUCAGCAGCAGCAGCAUCAGCAGCAGCAGCAACGCGCUGCAGUUCGGCAGCAGCGACAGCAGCAACCGGCUUCUGUCUUGCAACAACAACAGCAGCAACAGCAGCAGCAGCAGCAGCAGCAACAGCAGCAGCAGCAGCAGCAGCAGUACUACGUGCGAUUCUUCUUCUAUUUCUUCCCGUCGCAUAGGCCUUGUGUACCCGUUAAAUUGUCUUUGUUUAAUGCCUUUAGGUGA